GCAAAGCAGGGAAGAGAAGAAAUCAUACAGUCCCUUCGAGUCUCAAAUGCAUUACAGGGGAUUUUGCAUAAAGAGACUCUGCAGCCUCAGCAACAAGAAUGAAAUAGCAAGGAUUUCUGUUACUGAUGUGGUAAGAUAGGGCAUUGAACAGCAAGGUGAUGAUGAGAACUCACUGGCUGCUGGAAGCUUUGCGGGCUGGUACAGCAGACUGCCAAAUGUAGCCAGUAAUGAAAUGCUGAUUUCCUCUCAGAUCCUGAUGUGACAAGACAGCAUGGAGUUCAAAAGAGGAAAGACCUUCAUAAAAUCUAGCAUGCAGCUGACCCAUGAGAAAUUACCUUUGGUGGGCUUGAGUCCUAGAGAAAAGGAUGAUGUAAGUACAGAAGCUAAAGAAAGGCAUAACCCUGAAGUUCAAACCCAAAAAACAAGUUUUUCUGCAGACAAAAGUGAAAGGUCAGCAAAGACUGGGUCUAGCGAGAGCAUCCUGUUGCUCCCAGAAUCUGUCUACAAACCUGUACGGAAAAGUAAAACUCAUGACUGUGUUCUAGGUGUAGACAAAACUGAACAAUGCAGCUACGAUGACAACAUCUCUGAGAAGAGUACUGCAGCUCCUCGAAGAACUAAAGGGCGACUCAUCAAUAGUGCCAGCUUUUCUGGACUAGGGAACAUGCAGAAUUCUAAUGGUAAGAAGGAAUCUGCUGUUAGUUCAAGCAAUUUCUUGAACAGCACACAGCAGAUGAUUGAUUACAGGAACUUUGUCCCACAGAUGCCCUUUGUGCCAGCGGUUGCAAAAAGUAUCCCUAGGAAGAGGAUUUCCCUGAAGCGAUCAAAAAAAGGUCUGCGGGACAUAUUUCACAUUAAAAAAAAUAAGCCAGAGAGUCUUGCUUUGUUGUCAGAGAAGCAAAAAAGACUGCCAUUACCAGGGUACAAGUCAGAAUUGGCAGGCAGGUUUGGUAAAUACUUCUUCAGAGCCGGAGAAACCUUUUCUGCUGACUGCUUGGCACAAGAUUUUUCCGAUGGUGACAUGCUGUCGGAGUCCUCCUAUGAGUAUUCCAGUGCUCUCUGCGAAGAUGUUGCUUCCCUGAAGAGCUUUGAUUCUCUUACUGGAUGUGGAGAGAUCUUUGCAGAUGAGAGCUCUGCUCAGAUGGAACUGGAGGUCAGCAAAGAAAUCUUGCUGAGGCAAUCGCAACAGAAAGAGAACCCUUCUAUGGGAUCCUUCCAAGGUGGUGUGGAACAGCUUGCCUCCCCUGCUCAAAAUGAGGCAGCUGACUUUGCUAAACUUUGGGACAACAUCAACAAAUCGGUGCAACUGCACCAGAAGACGUUGUUUGAUAGAAGGCUACUGAAAAUACCCAGUAGUGAACUGGGAAAGGCUACAAAUGAGACCGAUGCCUCAGUGACUGAAUUGCUUUCUUCCCCUGACUCUUCCAAAGAGAGUUCCAUAGACACAGGGACCCCAAAGAGUGACAACCAGGAAUCCAUGUCUACCAGUGAUGAAGGAUACUAUGAUUCAUUUUCUCCUGGGCAAGAUGAUGAAAUAAGGGAUGAUCAGUCCCCUGGGGCACCAAAUAGAUUUCCAAGAGACAGUUAUAGUGGGGAUGCCCUCUAUGAGCUAUUCUAUGAUCCCAAUGAAACCCAAAUCAGCCCAGUCCUAGAUGAUGACCUAUGCAUGUCUGAAAGCAUUUCAGAAAAGGCCACUGACAUACCUUUGUCAAUUUACAGUUUUCAUGUAGGAUCAGAAGAAAAUAUGGCUUCCCAACCAGCCGUUGAUAUCAUCAGCCAGGGUUUUCUUCAAAGCACAUGGAAAGGCAAGGAAUGCUUGCUUAAGCUCUGUGACACAGAACUUUCCCUAACCAUGGGGAUUAUCAAUUGGUUGAGGAAAAACCCAGGACUGAUUUCUCCCCAAGACUUUCCCAAGAGUCCUCAGUCACAACUGGAGAAAGAUGGUGAGCCAAUGCCUUCUAGCCCUAGCACAUGCCAGAACAUGUACAAAACAUCUCUGGAGGGAGAUAAAAAGAGCCCAGAGGCAUUCUUAAUUGACAGCAAAAAUGGAACCCUGACACAUUCAGCAGAUAGAUCUGAAAAUGACCACAGUGAUAUUCUUUCAUGUAGCUCGACUCAAGAAUGUUCUCAAGAAAGGGAAGGAAAUCUGAGUGCAAUGUCUGGGCUCACAACAGAUAACAGUUCAUCAUGCAACAUACAGAGAACACUGGACAGUUGGGAUGAUCUACUGAUGACGAGUUCAUCAGAUAUGGAGAAGACGUCUCUUUUAGAAGAAUGCAUAGAUCCUAGCACUGAAACUCUGUCACUAGAAGUCCUAAAUCUGGAGACAAUUUCCCAGAUUGAUGAUAAUCCUCUGGCCAUGGAUAACCAUGAUGCAGAGUCAUGUUCUUCUUACAUGACAGCGGCAACCUCCCCAGAUUCUCUAGAGACUGGAGAUGAAAGUGAGACACAGGAUCAGUCCUGGUCUAUUGCAUGUGAUAAACCAACGGAGACACUGACUGUUAGUCACUCCCAAAGCCACAUCAGCCAGACACCAAAGGAGAGUGACACGAACGUAAUGCAGCUUUUGGACCAUUGUGUCACUCAGGUUGCUUUCCUAAAGAUCAGUUAUGAUCCUGAAAACAAGCCCUUGGAAGACAAAUGUACUGGGAAUGAAGUGAGCAAUAAUAUUGGCACAAUGGAUCAAGUAAAAAAACAAGUACUGUUGCAAAAUGAAUGUAGCUGCAUAGCUUCAAGCCCCAAAGAUCCCCCCACCCAUAAUUCAAAUGAAUGUCAUGUUAAGAUAAACAGCAGUGCCAACACUCCAUAUCUUAUGAAUCAAAAGGAAGGUCUAAUUUGUUCCGAUCAGAAAAAUGCCAGUAUCCUAGACUGUAUGGGUCCAGUUGCAAAAAACAAAGUAGCUUUUGAAUAUGCCCAGCUGAAUAAUCAAGCCCUGUCUUACAUCAAAGAUUUCAGAUUUGAACUCAGUACUCAAAACACUGCUGGCAUGGCACAUAUUUACAGACCCACAUUUUUACCACUCUUCAGCUCCAUCUGCUCAGAUACAACUGAUGACUAUUCACAGUCUUUCUACAGAAAGAACAGUUCGCUGGAGAAGAAUUCACAAGAUCCUGAAAAUAAGGUUACACCAAGCAGUCCAUCUUUACAUGGUUAUUUGAAAUUCCACUGUAAAGUAUUGCCACAGGCAGCCACUAAUCCACUUCUGGAGGGUGCUACCAAAGAAAGCACAGUGAUUGAGAAGAAUCCUGAAUAACUUCCUGCCAUAAGAUGCAACUCUAAAGAAUCUUGUUCCCAAAAUAACAAUUCCUCAUCUGUAUUUGAAUGAGGUAAGAAACUGGUGUAAUCAGUGACAAACACCCCAUGAAAAUACUGCUGUGGAUGUAAGAGGUGUUCCUAACCUCUUACUAGAAGAAUGUGGAUUUCAGUGAACUCAGUAUUGUUAUUCAUGGCACUUGGACACAUGGCAUAUGUGCAAUGUUUGGGUUUUGAUGCAUGCCACAAAUUUGAUUAUAUUGAGGCCAAUGAAAGCACUAGUUUUAUUUUUGAAUGUGAAUGUAUGCCAAAACUUGAUUCUGAUGUUUUAGGUAAUGUGGCAGGGGCGGGAUUUCAGUUUUUUGGAACAAUUGCCAUAUUGUGGUAUUCUGUUGAAGGCAAUGCGCCAGUACAGGUAUGGUGUUCACACAUGCAGAAGUAGGCUUCUGUGUCUGUGUUCCCAGCUGCAUAAUGAACUCUGCAUGUAAAUAAAUGCUGCACACUUUUUUCCUUUGACUGAAACCCCAUUGAGAAGUAGGUCCCAGUUAGAUGAUCAUCAGCAAUAUAUCUGGAGGAGCUAGGCUUCUGCUUCCGCAUACCUUUCCCAUUCCUUUCCCUAAAUUCAGGCAAAUUUCCCUAGCCCCUUUUCAGCCCAGAGAAAUGGCUAUGUGGUUUCUCAAAGCCUAAGUUGCACAGAAGAAGACUUUACACCAUUGGAUUUAUGCUGAUUUAUUAACCAGCCCCCUGUUUCUAAACAUUUGUGCAAGCGUUAUCUGCUCACAACAUCAUUAUGACAUGGUUGGUAUGCCCUAUCUAGGCCAAACUAGAUAUGAUGGCAGAAGAUCUAUGUAUUUCAAUCCAGUUCUGCUACACUUACAUAGAUAGUGGUCAGUGCCAGCCCAAGGAUGGGUGGUACCCCAGGUGAGGUCUGGCUUCGGUACCUCCUGUCCCCUCCGCCCACGUGGGCAGGUGCCUCUUGGUGGGCAGGUGGGCGGUCCCCAUUGUCUACCCAGCCACCCACUUGCUCUCCUUGCUGCCUAUGCCUGCCGUGACAUAAUAUAAUGACAUUGUUACACAAUGCGGCAUCAUGAUUAUAAUGUUCCAUGGCAGAGGUUAGGAGAGCUGGUCUUGUAGUAGCAAGCAUGACUUGUCCCCUUAGCUAAGCAGGGUCCACUCUGGUUGCAUAUGAAUGGGAGACUAGAAGUGUGAGCACUGUAAGAUCUUCUCCUCAGGGGAUGUAGCCGCUCUGCAAAGAGCAGAAAGUUCCAAGUUCACUCCUUGGCUUUUCCAAGAUAGGGCUGAGAGAGAUUCCUACCUGCAACCUUGGAGAAGCCACUGCCAGUCUGUGACAACACUGAGCUAGAUAGACCAAUGGUCUGACUCAGUAUAUGGCAGCUUCCUAUGUUCCAGUCAGCAGCAGCAGGAGUGGCAGACAAAGGUGGCGAGGAGAGCAAGUAUGCAGCCAGGCAGGCAACAGGGAUGGGGAGUGCACACUCGCUUCGACAAUGGGAGGUGCAUGCUCAUGAGGGCUCCUGUGUAGGUGGCAUGUGAUGUAGGCCUUGGGCACCCCUCCCCAUUUAACACCCUGGGUGGCUGCUUAGUUUGCCUCAUGGCUGGGCUGGCCCUGAUAGUGGUGUGUGUGUGUCCUGGUUUAAGGAGCAAAAGGGUGAGGGAAGCUGAAUCUUAAAUCUCCUGCAACUUACCCUCCUGCAGCCCUUGUCCAUACAGUGAGGGAAAUAAGUAUUUGAUCCCCAGCUGAUUUUGUCCAUUUGCCCUCUGACACAGAA